GAUGUGAAAAUAGGCAUAAUUCAUCCAAAAAAGGGUAUAAAGAAUAGAUAGGCAGAAAUCAAAUAUCUAAAAAAAAUAGAAAGAACAAUAGCCAACGAGAUCGAAAUACUGAAUCAUAAAUGUAGUUUGGGUUCAAAUUCUAUAUAUAUUGGAAUCCAAUAUGGAUGAUCUUUUCUAUAAUGAUAGAGAAAUUAAAGAGAUUUACUCGUGAUUUCAUGUACUUGAUAUUUCUUUUGAAAAAAAAGAGGGAUUGGCUGAACUUUAAAAUUUACUCUUUACUCAUUCAAUGAGUAUAUGAUUGAAUCGUAUUCGGUUGGGUGACACCAACUAAAUCGAGUGCUAACUCCCAUUUAUUUCUUAUUGUAUUGAAUUAACCGAUCAAUCUGCUAUCGGACAUUUAUUUUCCCCUUGGCAUGGCACUAUUACAAAAAAAUUUUCGACAUAUUUCACUUUAAUUAUAAUUAUGAGAAUCAAUCCUACCCCUUCUAGUCCUGCGGUUUCCACACAAAACCUAGGGCGUAUCGCUCAAAUUAUUGGCCCAGUACUAGAUGUUGUUUUUCCUCCGGGCAAGAUGCCUAAUAUUUAUAACGCUUUAGUAGUUAAGGGUCGAGAUACUGUCGGUCAGCAAAUUAAUGUGACUUGUGAAGUACAACAAUUAUUAGGAAAUAAUCGAGUUAGAGCUGUAGCUAUGAGUGCUACGGAUGGAUUGACGAGAGGAAUGGAAGUAAUUGAUACGGGAACUCCUCUAAGCAUUCCAGUCGGCGGAGCUACACUCGGACGAAUUUUCAACGUUCUUGGGGAACCUGUUGAUAAUUUAGGUCCUGUAGAUACUAGCACAACAUCUCCUAUUCAUAGACCCGCACCCGCCUUUAUAGAGUUGGAUACAAAAUUCUUAAUCUUUGAAACAGGAAUUAAAGUAGUGGAUCUUUUAGCUCCUUAUCGCCGUGGAGGAAAAAUAGGACUAUUUGGGGGAGCUGGAGUAGGUAAAACAGUACUCAUCAUGGAAUUGAUCAACAACAUUGCCAAAGCUCAUGGAGGCGUAUCCGUAUUUGGCGGAGUAGGCGAACGUACUCGUGAAGGAAAUGAUCUUUACAUAGAAAUGAAAGAAUCCGGAGUAAUUAAUGAAAAAAAUAUUGCAGAAUCCAAAGUAGCUCUAGUCUAUGGUCAAAUGAAUGAACCGCCGGGAGCUCGUAUGAGAGUCGGUUUGACUGCACUAACCAUGGCGGAAUAUUUCCGGGAUGUUAAUGAGCAAAACGUACUUCUAUUCAUCGACAAUAUCUUUCGUUUCGUCCAAGCGGGAUCAGAAGUAUCCGCCUUAUUGGGGAGAAUGCCUUCUGCAGUGGGUUAUCAACCUACCCUUAGUACAGAAAUGGGUUCUUUGCAAGAAAGAAUUACUUCUACCAAAAAAGGAUCCAUAACUUCGAUACAAGCCGUUUAUGUACCUGCGGACGAUUUGACCGACCCUGCUCCUGCCACGACAUUUGCACAUUUAGAUGCUACUACCGUACUAUCAAGAGGGUUAGCUGCCAAAGGUAUUUAUCCUGCAGUGGAUCCUUUAGAUUCAACGUCAACUAUGUUACAACCUCGAAUCGUUGGUGAGGAACAUUACGAAACUGCGCAAAGAGUUAAGCAAACUUCACAACGUUACAAAGAACUUCAGGACAUUAUAGCUAUUCUUGGGUUGGACGAAUUAUCCGAAGAAGAUCGUUUAACUGUAGCCAGAGCACGAAAAAUGGAGCGUUUCUUAUCACAACCCUUCUUCGUGGCAGAAGUAUUUACUGGUUCUCCAGGAAAAUAUGUCGGUCUUGCAGAAACAAUUAGGGGGUUUCAACUGAUCCUUUCCGGAGAAUUAGACAGUCUUCCCGAGCAAGCCUUUUAUUUGGUGGGUAACAUCGAUGAAGCUACCGCGAAAGCUAUAAACUUAGAAGAGGAGGGCAAAUUAAAGAAAUGACCUUAAAUCUUUGUGUACUGACUCCUAAUCGAAUUAUUUGGGAUUCAGAAGUGAAAGAAAUCAUUUUAUCUACUAAUAGUGGUCAAAUUGGCGUAUUACCAAACCACGCCCCCAUUGCCACGGCUGUAGAU